AGAAACGUUUGGGCGCAGACGUCAAGUGCUGUGAGGACGCGGCCGCGGCUGGCUCCAGUGACGUCCGCUUACUCCCUCGGUCCGCCUGCUCGGGCCGGCCAGACUGUAACCUCACACGGUAGAGAGAGGUUUGUCCCGAUCGAUCCCGCCAUGACAAGAUUAGGAGUCCUUCUUGUUGCCCUAGCGGCCGUGGCUUACGCCGAGGAGCUACAGGUGGAGCACCUUCAGAAGGCCGAGACAUGCGACAGAAGGACGACGAAGGGAGACAUGCUGACGAUGCACUACACGGGGACACUGGCAGCGGAUGGCAAGAAGUUUGAUUCCAGCGUGGACCGCAACCAGCCGUUCACCUUCCAGCUCGGCGUGGGCCAGGUGAUCAAGGGCUGGGACCAGGGCCUGGUGGACAUGUGCCCUGGCGACAAAUACCGCCUCACCAUCCCCCCGGAGCUCGGCUAUGGCGACCGCGGCGCCGGCGAAGUCAUUCCUCCUGGUGCCACUCUUGUAUUCGAGGUUGAACUCAUUUCCAUUGGUGACUCUCCGCCGGUGGUGAACGUGUUCAAGCAGAUCGAUAGUGACAGCGAUGAACAUCUGUCUAAAGAAGAGGUUCUUGAAUACAUCAAGGUGCAACUGCCAGCUGAGGAGAUUGAAAAUGGCCAAGAUCCUCACAAGAUCACAGAAGAGAUCUUCCACCAUGAGGACAAAGACAGGGAUGGAUACAUCUCCCAUGAGGAGUUCUCGGGACCCAAACAUGAUGAACUCUGAUUUCUUUUAAUACAUGUUAUCCACCCAAUGCCUCCUCAGGGUCUGAUAAAAGAGUAGACAAGACAGAAUAGAAAAACAUUUUGUUCUCUUUUUAUAUUAUUCCCAGACCAUGUAUUCUCAAUGUGCAUGCUCACUGUUCAUUUUUGAUAGGGGAUUGAUUAGCUAUGAAAACUGCUAGCAGUCUUUUCUAGUGAUAGAUUAUAAAUUGUUUUUGCAUUAGUAUGGUGAUAUUUUAAAAUACUGGUGGUGGUAAGAAAUGUUAUCUACAGUAAAGUUGUUUUAAUAAUCAGAUCCAGCUAGGGAGGCAAAAGCCAGGCUGUGUUAUACAUCACCAUUAUCAUUACCACAUGCCUUCAAUACACUUUUGGGCCCAAGUAACACAUUUUUAUUUCUGUUAUACAUUUCCAAUAUAUUUUAGCACAAGACUGAGAGUCAUCAUGUAAACCAACAUAGUUUAUUUUUAUCUAGUAAACAAAAGCAUGAAUUUUUUUUAGCAAUUUAUGUAAAUAUUGGAACUAAAUUCUGUAUGUACAAGUUUCCAUUAUUUACUAUUGGUUUUAAUUCUAGCACAAAGUGACUGUGAUUUUGCACUGUCCUCGCGCACAAGCCAGUGUCACACUAUGGCUUAAGUCCUAAUAUUUUAAAAGAUUUUAUUAGUGUAUUCAAGUUUUUCAGACAUACCAUAUUUUUAUCAAACAUUUCUAAUUAAUGUUGUUAUAUUUUAUACAAUACUUUAUCAUAACCCUCAAAGUUGAAUAUAUAAUUGCCCUAGAGAUUUUAUCUCCCCAAGAUUGUUAUGAAGGUACUUGUAACAAAGUGCUGCUGCUUAGCUUUGUGCUCCCACGUGAAACUGUCCAUUUCAAGCAUCCCUGCAUUGUCUCAGUAUAGAAGGGAUAUUAGCCACUGUUAUAAGUAGCACUAGAGGUGACCCAGAAAACUAGCACAGGGUUAUUUUUAUAUUUAGAUAUAAUUUGUAUGUGCUCAGCAAACAGGUUGUUGGUGUAUUAUUUGAUGUCAAAAAUGUAAUUGUAAUAAUAAAUAUAAUUACCACUUCUAAAAUGUGCAGAUGUUCCGCUUCUCUCAUUGCUAUGAUCACCAUCCAGUAAAUAAUAUUCAUAUAUUUAUACAGACAUUAUAUUUAUGUAAAUUUACAAACAACUUAUGAUGUAUGCACCAUAAGGUGUUACAAUCUCCUUUUAUGAAGCUAGUAUGAUUGUAACAUGUAUUUAAAAGUAACAUUAUUUUAAACUGCUGAAUGUGUCUUUGAAAUGUUAUGUGGUAAAUAAAUCAUUUGACAUAUAAAUAUAUAUACAAGCACGCAUGCACGCGCACACACAAACGCACACGCACACGCACACGCACACGCACACGCACAUGCACAUGCACACACACACUUACACACACACACAUAUACACAUAUGUCUGUGUGUGAUAUAUUAUAUGUAUAUAUAUAUAUAUAUAUAUAUAUAUAUAUAUAUAUAUAUAUAUAUAUAUAUAUAUAUAUAUA